CUCGGAUUUUAGUUGCGGGACAAUAGCCAGGCGAACUACCUUCUGCUGUGUCUCUUCGACGAGAGCCCGAUAGUCUUUGAGCUUCUUGCGUUCUUUCUCUUUUACCUCCUCAUUCCGUGACUUGUGAUACUCCGUACGACUAAUUCCGUGCUGUAAGCGAGUCAGUUGAGGGUUGAUGGUGGUAGAUUUGACGACGUACACUGGCCAUGGCGGGUGGUGGGGUUGGUGAUGGUGAUGGGGUUGGUGGGGUUGGAGAGGCAACGCGGUGGUGAUUAACGCUAUUUCUAUCGCGAACAUCACCUCCAUAUCUAGAACCAUAGCUCACCCACAACACAACACCCACCCACAACAACAACAAUGUCGACAACCACACCCAUCGCCCCCUCCUCUGCCAACCACCAGCGCUCUACCUCGCGUCCGGGAUCGCGGCCAACCACACCCCUCCGCCGCUCUGCCUCUCGCAAUUCGGUCCGCCAAGUCUCCGGCGAAGCCUUCCCACUCAACGCCCUUGAACCACAGUUUCAAGAGCUAUCGGACUCGCUGGUGACGCUGGAAGCAAACUUCAGGGACUUCCAGGUCAUGCACGAGAGUAUAUCGCGAUUCAACGAGAGUUUUGCGGGUUUCCUGUACGGUCUCAACGUCAACGCCUACUGUGUCGAGUUUCCGGAGGCACCCGAGGGCCCGGAGAGUUUUGCGAGGAUCGCGAGGAAGGAUGCUGAGGAGGGACCGGGCCCAUCGCAAUAUUCGAGAAGGAAAAGUGACUGCGGGGAUGUUGGGGAUAUGACUUUUAUGACGACGGAUUCGUUUGUUGCAGAGCCACAGGCUCCCCCGCCUACUCAGCCGACUCCAGUGCGCCGAGCGCCGGCGGUGAGGGGUGGUGGCCGUGGUCGUGGGCAGCCACCACGGGGUGGAGGCGGCAUUCCGAGGGGGCGGGGCAGUGGGUUUUCUUACCGCUAAUGGGUCACUUGCGGUACACGAUGCGAAUAGAUAUUGGGACUCUGCAACCCCACUACGAUGGACUACGAUCGCGCUGAAAGCUUUGUUAUUCGCAAUAUGCCGGGGUUGGAGCUCUGACCACCUUCCCGUGAAUGACCAGUAUCCUAUCCUACUUCCCCUCCACCUCCUUCCUCCAAACGAAAACCUCAACUGUACUGUUGGUCCUCACAUGCAUAUCGGCCACCUCCUC